GCUGAGCAGUGUGACUUUGGGUGGCUUUACCCUCCACAGCCUCUCCCUGGAUAGAUAGGGCAGUUGUGGCCGUGGCGCACAGCAGCAGCAGGCAGCAGCUGAGCGGAGAGAGAGGAGCGCGCAUGAAAACGGUCUUGGAAAGACCAGAGUCAUUUUACAUCACUCUCCGCCGGACAGUCAGACCGCAGACACAUUAAAUGAAUGUUGCUCAACAAAGGAUGACCCUAGAAGGAGAAGCAUAAGGACCGAUAAAACACCUGCGGACCGUCGCAACAGGGGAGCGUGACUGACUCCCCAUGGAGGAGAGCGCAGAGAGGUUGAGCUCCUUCUCCUUCAAUUGGUACCAAGAUACAAGUUGGAUGUCUGGAUUUUUGGUGGACUGAAUAGUUUUUAUUUGUCCGGAGUUAAUUUUUGGAUUCAGUUAUUUCCAAACCAAAGGCUGCAGCGGGACGUGAGCUGUCCACAUCCACGGAGCGGAGCGCACGCUGCAAAAUUAAGAAAAACAAGACAAUAAACUGCGCCUUUGUUUCAAAGGCGUCAAACCAGGGAUUCCACUGUCAGAGAUGAUUUAGGUGGGUGGCCAAAAAUAACUUGAAUGUUUUUGAAUGCUGAGUUUUGCUGUGUGCACACAAAUGGACACAAACUAAACUAAAAGAGAGAGAGAGGGAAAAAAAAGAAUGACCUCGCAUCUGGAUUAAAGCGACAUGUGAACAUAAAAAAGGAGCUUUGAUAUUGAUGUACUCUGGUACAUGUGAUGAGUCAAACCUUUAAACGGACCGUUGAGACUGUUUUGUUUUGUUGUCUAAUUUAAAAAAAAAAAAAAAAUCUUUUUGGCUCACCACUCAGGUGGAAAUGUUGGCCGGAGGUUGUGCCAUUUACUAAAGAGGGAGCUGCAUUCAAAGAAAUAAUAAAAUAAAACACCUAACUGCUGUGGUGGAUCAGCUCCAAUUCAGGCACUAAUAUAACCACAGGGACAUGCCUCAAGGAUCAUUAAACAAAUCAGAUAAACGCAGCGCGAAAACCAUCAAUACAAGUUAUUGAUGUGGUGGUAUAUAAGGCUAAUGAUUGGCCAAGCCUCUGUUUACUCAACGGCUCUGCAACAAUAUGGUGUGAAACUUUAGCUGAGGGCCUGACAGCAGAGGCAUACAGCGAGAGGACAAAAAAGGAACAAGGACUUUAUUUUUAUCCUAAUAUUUUUCUUUUUUUUUUUACUGCUGCGUAUCACGACUGCAGAGCUGAUUGGAAAAAUAAUUGCAGACAACCUCUGGAAUAUCCCUCCUCUUCAAACUAGAAUGUCUGCUGUCUGUACUGCUGCUGCAAGAAUUUACAAACCAGGCAUUUUUGUGAGGCAAAUUUCCAAAGAGGUCUUUUUGAGAUAUUUAUAGCAGCUCUUUUGCAAGGAUGGUGGUUGUGACAAGGAGCCUAUGGAUGACCCAGACUGUGGGAGAGCUGGUGCCGAGACAGUUGACCUCUCCACCAGCCACGCCGGCCGUCUAAAACUCCUCCUCAGGGAGGCACAGCUGCUCCAGGCUGGGGAUGUGAUGGGGUGACUGUUGACACCCCCCUUCACCCACUCCCUCUCUCACUUUAUUAGCAGUGUAAUAUAAACAAUGGAUCAGAAUUUCUCAACGGUUCGAGAUGGCAAGCACCUGCUAUCAGAGAGAGACUCAUCCAAACGUGUGCUGACAGGAUGUUUCCUCUCCCUCCUCAUUUUCACCACGCUGCUCGGCAAUACGCUUGUCUGCGCCGCCGUCACCAAGUUCCGACACCUGAGGUCGAAGGUCACCAACUUCUUUGUCAUCUCGCUGGCCAUCUCUGACCUCCUGGUAGCUAUCUUGGUAAUGCCAUGGAAGGCAGCAACUGAGAUCGUAGGGUUUUGGCCGUUUGGUGCGUUCUGUAAUGUGUGGGUGGCGUUUGACAUCAUGUGCUCCACUGCCUCCAUCUUGAACCUGUGUGUGAUUAGCGUUGACCGUUACUGGGCCAUCUCGAGCCCAUUCCGCUAUGAACGCAAGAUGACCCCUAAGGUGGCAUGUCUUAUGAUCAGUGUGGCGUGGACCCUGUCCGUCCUAAUCUCCUUCAUUCCUGUUCAGCUCAACUGGCACAAAGCUCAAACCACAAGCUAUGCAGAGCUUAAUGGAACAUACCCCAGUAAUCUUCCCCCUGACAACUGCGACUCCAGCCUUAACAGGACCUACGCCAUCUCCUCCUCCCUUAUCAGCUUCUACAUACCUGUGGCUAUUAUGAUCGUCACGUACACCCGGAUCUACCGUAUCGCCCAGAAACAGAUACGGAGAAUAUCUGCCCUCGAGCGGGCAGCAGAGAGUGCCAAAAACCGUCACAGCAGCAUGGGGAAUAGUUCGAACAUUGAGAAUGAGAGCUCAUUCAAAAUGUCAUUCAAACGAGAAACCAAAGUCUUAAAGACACUCUCAGUCAUCAUGGGAGUGUUUGUGUGCUGCUGGUUGCCCUUCUUCAUCCUAAACUGCAUGGUUCCGUUCUGUGAGCCAAACGUGGUGGACGGUGCAGCAGACUUCCCCUGCAUCAGCUCCACCACCUUCGAUGUGUUCGUGUGGUUUGGCUGGGCAAACUCCUCGCUCAACCCCAUCAUCUAUGCCUUCAACGCCGACUUCCGCAAGGCCUUCUCCAUCCUCCUGGGCUGUCACCGGCUCUGCCCGGGGAGCAACGCCAUCGAGAUCGUCAGUAUUAACAACAACAUGGGCGCCCCUUCGUCAAACCCCAACAGUCAGUAUCAUCCCAAGAGUCACAUCCCAAAGGAAGGCAGCCAUUCAGCCAGUUAUGUGAUCCCCCACAGCAUCCUCUGUCAGGAGGAGGAGUUACAGAAGAAGGAUGGGUGUGUAGGGGAGAUUGAGGUGGGCAUGGUGAACAACGUCCUGGAGAAACUCUCCCCAGCCAUCUCUGGGAAUUUAGACAGUGACACUGAGGUCACACUGGAAAAGAUCAAUCCCAUAACACAGAACGGACAGCAUAAAGUCGUGUCAUGUUGAGAGAUGGAUCAGAGUACACUGAGGCAUGUACAUAUGCACAAAUGGAAGAACAGCUUACACGGAAGGACAGCAAAGGAAACAAAAGAGACAGAACAUGCCUGACAGGGACACAGUGAGUGGGAUAUACAGGACCUUAAGACUGCAAACAAACAUGGAAAAACCUACAGAAUGUUUCAAAGUAAAGGCACUUUAUCCUGGAUAUAACUAUCUGCAAACUUUCACAACUUUCAGCAUUUAUUGAUGAAAUUGACAGAUUGGAUGAUAAAUGUUGAUCAUGUGAAUAUUAAAGCAGAACACUAGCUAUGUGCACAUGUAUACAUUUUUUCUAUAUAGUUACAAAGAUGUAUACAUCUGCAUUUGUAUUCUGUACAGUACUGACACAAUCCUGCAAGGACCCAAACACAGUAUAUACAGUGGAGGAAGAUGUAGUAACUAUUAGCAAAAUGUCUUGUAGGUAGGUGCUUUGUACGUGUUUCAUGCAAGAGAGAACAAUGUGGGUAAAUUGGUUUUUGGUACAAUAUGAUUAGUUUAUUGCAGUUAUUUCUCUUCAGUACGUUUUUAUUGCUAAAUCAAAACAUCUGUCUUGCAGUGGUAAUUUAUUUGAGUUAAAAUGUAUUCAGACACCCAAAGUAACAAUAUUAUGAUUCAAACCAAACAGGCAGAGGGAAGAUAAUGGAGUUCAAUACCGUAUUCCAAGUUGGCGUAUAUCUAUAAAUAUUUAAUUUUUGACAACACCCCCUCCCAAUCCAUCUUAUCUUGCAGGAUUUUUAUAAAACCUGAUAUGUUCAGAAGUCCAACUGAUAUGUGUGCAUGAGAGAGAGAAAAAGAAUAGGAUAGAAAAAGUCACUCCUAUGUUCUACUUUCCUUCCCUAGUAUCCUAUUAUGAUCCAUCCUCAGUCAUGACCACCCGGGACAGAUCAGACAGGCUCACCUGAAAUUUCCUUGUUUCUUCCUCUGACUCUCUGUUUUCAUUAGCUUCGUCUACCCUCUCUGCUGCUCUUCAGCAAACCCUCUCUAGGGCCCUGCAGUCUCUUCUCCUUUCCAUUUUCCUGCUCUUGUUUCCUCAGUCAGCAAAGUCCCUUCUUGCCUUGCGCUGCCCCUAUUUCUUCAGUGUUGUCAUCCUCUUCCCUCCUCUCUCCUCCCCACCGCUGCCCCUGGUUCAGCCCGGUUCUUUACACCUGCACCAUACCUCCCUUUUAUGUUUUCCUCUUCCUGUCUACUGUCUCCUCACCGUCCUUUGGCAGCCCUCCAUUUGAAGUCCUUACUCCGUCUGCUUAAAGUGCCACUAAUGAUUCUAUUUUUGGCUAAUCCCGUCAGUCCAUAAUUAAAAACAAAUGUAAAUGUGUGAACUAAAAAGUCCUGUACUUGGACAGAGGAGGCAGAGCAGCCACAGCAGAGUUUACUCAGCUGUAAUGCAAGGGACACUUAGUGACCUCUUGCAAACUUGCAGAUAUCUGAUUUUGUAAAAUCAUGCUGUGAGCCCUGCUGUGCUGUAGUAGCAACGCGGAGCAGUGGCAGAGCGAGUGACAGUCGCUCUGCGUGCAGUGGUGGAGUCAAAGACAGAACCACCACGAUGGGGAUUACCUUCAAGAUAUCAGACAUAUUUUCUAUUGCCUCUCUUCUCCCAGUUUGUUUUUGUGCGGCCACAUAAGAAGAAAAAAAAAUACAAUUUAAAUGUUGAAAUUUAAAUUGUAAAGUCCCACUAAAUGCUCCUGAUCAUUGCUUAUGACUUUAUACUAAUGCUAAUCAUUUAAAAAAAUAUAUAGUUUUCAACUGCUAACGCUUUGCACUGAUUGCAUUGAUAUUUCAUAGUUUACAAAAAGAGAAGAGUUUACAGUCAUAUUACUUAUUCUUACAAAAGUUGCACAGUCUAGUUUCAUGUAUCUGUACGUCAGAAAUAUGGAGAACAUAGGAAUGUGAAUGUAGGGAGUGAGACAAGAAUUAAAUUGCAUUUGAUAUAUCUUCAGUAAGCAGUAAGCAGUAAAUCAGUGUGUGUGUGUGUGUGUGUAUAGAGCCAGACAUAAUUAGCCCUCUAAUUGGAGCCUACGCAACUAGUUUUGUGCUGUGUUCGGUGUUGCUGGGGAAAAGAAUGCUUAACAGCAUGCUUUCUGACAUUGUAUGCUGAACGUCCACUGUGUGCUGUGUGUGUCCAUAACGGCGUGAAACUGUUCAGGGAAAGGAAGAGCUGAUCCAAUAGAAAGCAAUUGGUCUUGAACGAAGCAUUUGAUUUUCCUGCUCUGGAAAAUCCAAUGCUAUCUAGAUGGCAAC